UUUUUUUUUCUUCUUGUUCUUCUUCUUGGUAUUCCUUGUUGAUGAAAAAAACAUUUCUAUAUUAUUUUAUGUGAUAUAUAUAUAUAUAACAUAGACUAUGGAAUCAAUACGAAAAAUGAUUUUUGGAGGAGUGGAUCCACCAUCUGAUAUGUUUGUUAAUGACGAUUGCCUUACAUGCCAAGACCCAUGCGAAGAACAUUCAACAUAUCCAUCCUAUCUUGAUAUCAAAACUGAUCGCAGCGUUGCAGGCACCACCAAACCUUAUAGCCGACAUAUCCUUAUUGCCACUGGUCAAUCCGACUGGGCCAAGAAAAUCGAACACGACAAGGAAAACACGAUUGCCAGUCUAUUACUCUCAUCGCGACCUGAUCGUUCAACCAUGAUUACCUGUAGUUCCUUGGUAUCACUCCAUUCCACCGUUCCUGGUUCACAAGAUCUAUUGGUAUUUCCUGAUAAUUUUAUCUUGGCCAACGUUACAGCUGAUAAUGUACAACAACUUCGGUCGAUCCUGAAUAAUGAUGAUAUUCAACCUACUGAUAUCCUGAUCAAACCUAAUCCUUAUUCACACCUUUUACUCAUCUGUUCUCAUAGACGGCGUGAUAAACGAUGUGGUGUCACAGCACCUAUUCUGGCCAGGGAAUUUGAUCAUAUUUUACGUAGCAAACAAUUGGAUGAAGUGGAAAUCGUCAUGGUCAGCCAUAUUGGAGGCCAUAAGAUCGCUGGGAAUGUCAUCUGCUAUACACAUCAAGGAAAAAGGGGGAUUUGGUAUGGAUUGGUCAAACCGUGUCAUUGCAAGGCCAUCGUUGAAGAAACUCUGGAAAAGGGCAAGAUCAUCCAACCUUUAUAUCGUGGUGCUAUGGGUAAUAGUUUUACUACUUUAGAGAAAAAAUCCUUAUUAUCCUGUUUUCGAUCUCUGACUAUUGUACGACAACAUGUACGACCACUUAGUACAGCCAAUGUAGUAGAAACCAAAGUACCCAAUGAUAGUCUUGUUAGCCAGUUAGUGAAUACAUUGAUGAGAGAUGGCAAAAAAGCUCGUGCACAACGGCUUGUCAGUGACAGUAUGCGUCAUUUGGAAGCCAAGACACAACAGGAACCCUACGGUGUACUUGCCAGCGCCAUUGAAGAAGCCUCACCAUUGCUCAAACUCACGUCGACCAAGAAAGGAUCCAAAGUGGCUCAUGUUCCCACUGCUCUACGAGAACGUCAACGUCGUCGUCGUGCCAUCACAUGGAUCAUCGAUGCAUCAUCAAAACGAAAUGAAAAGACUUUUGAAGAACGUUUUGCUGCCGAACUGUACGAUGUCACCCAAGGUACCAGCUCUGUCUUGCAAAAGAAACUUCAACUUCAUAAACAAGCUCUCGCUAACCGUGCCAAUGCUCAAGUCAGUUAUAAUACUCAAAAUCGAUAGAUAAUUUUUUUUUUUUUUUGGUUUAUCAUCUCUUAUAGAUAGAAAUAGGACUUUUAUAUCAUCUCCCUUAUCCCUUGUCUCUCGUUCCUGCACAUAGUUUUUACUUCUUUCCCUGUUAUUUUUUUAUAUACUAUUACUUUCUUUUUUUUUUUUUUAGAAAUGAAUAAAAUAAUCA